GAUAUUUAUAUUAAUUUUUGCUAGUAUUUAUUCAAAUUUUUUAUAGGAUGUCCAGAAACACUUUUGAAUUCGUACUAUCAAUAAUUGCUCCAAAUUUGAAAAGAUAUUAUCCAGGAUUAGAAAUGAUUUCUCCAGAGAAACAAUUUCUUAUCUGUAUUUGGAGAAUGGCUACUCUUGAUUCUGACAGAUCAAUAUGCGAAAAAUUUAAUGUGAGUCCAUCAACAGCUUUAUUGACAACACGACGAGUUACUAGUGCAUUUGCAAAUUUGGCAUCAAUAUUUAUCAAAUGGCCGGUAGGGAACAAUGUUCAAGAAGUUUGGGCAGGUUUCGAAGCAAUUAGUGCUUUUCCGAAAGUUAUAGGAGCUAUAGACGACACUCACGUCAGUAUUCCAUCUCUACAUAUAAAUCCAGAGGCUUAUGUUAAUCGAAAAGGCUAUUUUUCUAUUCAGCUGCAAGGAAUGUGUGAUCACAAGCUUUGUUUUACUCACUGUUAUAUUGGACACAUCGGUUCUGUACAUGAUCACCGUGUCUUUCGUCUUUCAGAAAUCCAGGAUGCAUUGGGCAAUCCAGAAAAAUUCCCUGAUGGGUGUCAUUUAAUUGAUGAUUUUGCAUAUAAGCUUCAUGACAAUUUAAUAAUUCCCUAUCGUGAUAAUGGUCAUUUGACCGAACGACAAAAAAUUACAAUUACUGCCAUUCCCCAGCGCGAAUUGCCAUUGAAAAAGCAUUUGGUCUUUUAAAAGGACGCUUUCGAAGCUUAUUACAUCAUCUCCCUAUGAAUCGAACUGAUUUAAUUGUUCAUUUUAUACUUGC